AGACGCGGUUUAUUUCCGUCGCCUCUGACGUCAAGAGAAUACACGUUUCAUUCAACAGGCAAGAAAGUAAGUUAUUUAUAACCCGCAGCAUCUCCAGGCUGUGAUCCUUGAGUGCGCAGUGAGAGGAAUACUCCCCAUUGGACUGAUGUAGUGUGCCUCCAUAACAAAAGCCACGCAGCUCACGCGUCACGGUGGCACAGAGAGAGAGAGACCCUGUAGCCCAAACCAGGACGCGUCGAUGGGGACAGUCGCGGCUUUAACAUAAAGGGAUAUUGCGUAAAAAACUGCAAAAACAAACUUUCUGUUUUGAAUAAUACACCCCCCCCCCCCUUCCUCCUCCUCGAUUUCUCCCCUUUUACACAUGGCAAAGCAACGGCUACUUUGAGCAUGGAACAACUCUCCUCCGACCAGGGCCGUGAGCUGUAAGUUCAAACCUGAGAAGAUCUGUGAUUGGCUGGGAGAUGGCAGACAUACUGGAGCUGCGGACGGAUGGAAACUCACUCCUGAAGGCAGUGUGGCUCAGACGCUUGAGACUCACCCGGCUCCUGUUGGAAGGAGGCGCCUACAUCAACGAGAGCAAUGAACGUGGAGAGACGCCACUCAUUGUGGCCUGCAUGUCCACGCACACUGACCAGCAAAGUGUAAGCAAGUCAAAGCUGGUGAAAUAUUUGCUGGACAACCAGGCAGACCCCAACAUACAAGACAAAACAGGUCGGACAGCUCUAAUGCACGCCUGCAUCCACAAGGCUGGACAUGAGGUGGUGGAUCACCUGCUGAGCAACGGAGCUGAUCCGAGUCUGGAGGACAGGAGUGGGGCCUCAGCGCUGGUCUACGCCAUCAACGCAGACGAUAAGGAGACAUUAAAACUGCUCCUGGAUGCAUGCAAAGCGAAAGGCAAGGAGGUCAUCAUCAUCACCACGGACAAGUCACCUUCCGGUACUAAAACGACCAAACAGUACCUAAAUGUCCCCCCAUCACCAGAGCUGGAUGAGAGGUCCUCCCCAGCGUACUGUACCUCUCCCUCCGAUAUCGAUGUUACUGCAUCUCCCAAACCUGAGCAAGAGCAACAAAACACAGUCUUCAGCUUUCAGACAAAGCUGAAAACGUCUAGUUCAGCGGUGAAGCUUGCCAGCGGGCCCACGUCUCCAACACGGCGGCCUGCAAACCCCAAACGUGCACGUUUGCCUCAGCUGAAGAGGCUGCAAUCAGAGCCUUGGGGGCUGAUUGCUCCCUCAGUCCUGGCUGCAGCCGCUGCCCACGAGGAGAGCAUGAAAGCCAGCUCUGAUGAGGAUGUCGUUGCAGGGGUAAACGGACUCUCUCUGGGCAAGAGAUCGGUAUUAUCCCGACAGAACAGUGUGGAUGGGAAGGACAGCUUAUUCCCACUGGUAGGUGAGCAGCCCUGCAAGAUGACAACGUCACUGUCAGGUCCGUCACUGUCGAAAUCGUCAUAUGAGAGGUCGCUAGCCCAGCACCAGCCACUGGCACGGCGCAGCACUGUACCCACAGAGCAGGAGAGCAGCAGCUGCAGCAGUGGAGUAGCCAGUCUGAGAGACACAAUGCACAGAAGACGUCUGGGGAACGAUCAUUAUGACUCAGACUCGCAGCUCUAUUCAGAUUCUGUGAUGUUAGACUCUCCUAAGGUCCCAGGGGAGCGAAGAAAACUAAACACUUCUCCACUGGCGAUGCUGACCAGCUCCAGAGAAUCUCUAGACAGCAAUGCCAGCACAUCCUCUCCCAGCAGCGCACGCAGGCGUCCGCCCGGCCUCCUGGAGAGGAGAGGCUCGGGCACACUGCUGCUGGACCACAUCUCCCACACCAGGCCGGGCCACCUGCCCCCUCUCAAUGUCAACCCCAACCCUCCCAUUCCUGACAUCGGGGCUAGUUGCAAGCCCUCCUCACCGCUGGCCAUAGGUAUUAGAUCUAUGGCUCCUGUAGCACCAAACACACCAAAGAGAGGUGGGCUCAAGUCCAAGAAGAAACUGAUAAGAAGGCACUCUAUGCAAGUGGAGCAGAUGAAACAGCUUUCAGAUUUUGAAGAGCUGGCUCAUUAGUUAGUGAGGGUGAUUAUGCAGCACGUUUUCUGGGAGUAGAAAUGUCAACGCUAUAAAUUGUCAGAAGGUGCGUCCACAGGUUCAGUUUAUACACAGCCGUCGAGAUGUUGAGUUAUAUAUAAUUUAGAUUUAUUUCUCUGUCUCACACGCACACACACACACACACACACACACACACACACACACACACACACACACACACACACACACACACACACACACACACACACACACACACACACACACACACACACACACACACACACACACACACACACACACACACACACACACACACAUUGAAACCAAGCAAUAUAGAUCCCCUGUGUUACUCCAAUCCCUAAGGAUUAUUAUCUUUUCACUUCACAACAUCUGCUGUAUAUGUUCAGUUUUGAAUGUAAAUGCCGAAACAUGGUACUUUUCCUCUGAACUAGAUCUCUUGAUGAUGUAAAAUGUGUAUGUGACACACAGGGUCCAUUUGUAGCCAGCCGGCCACUUGAGUGCACUUUGUCCAUAUGUAAUUAGCACAA